GACUAAAUCGGAAUUUCCCUCUCCCCUGUAGAUUUUCGUUAGGGAUCAGGAAUGUCUUCUGAGCCCACGUCUUCAGCUUCUGAGCAGUCCCCUCCAGGGUCUCCACGUUCUCUCCGCUUGCCCGAAAAUCGCAGAACAAGAGAUCGCUCUCCAUCUCCCAUGCGAGGUUACCUUAUCCCCAGUCCCCUUCCAACCCGACGGACCAGGACUUUUUCAGCGACUGUGCGGGCCUCUGAAGGCCCUGUCUACAAAGGAGUCUGUAAAUGCUUCUGUCGCUCCAAAGGCCAUGGCUUCAUUACUCCUGCGGAUGGAGGGCCAGACAUCUUUGUACACAUUUCUGACAUUGAAGGAGAGUACGUUCCAGUGGCUGGCGAUGAAGUCACCUACAAGAUGUGCACUAUCCCACCUAAGAAUGAGAAGCUGCAGGCUGUAGACGUCAUCAUUACUCAUCUAGCACCUGGAACAAAACAUGAGACCUGGUCAGGCCAUGUUCUCAGUUCCUAAGGUAUCCAGCAUGAUGCUGUACCAUUGAACACACUGCGCAACUGACUUUCACGUUGACAAAUGACUAUUUUAUAUAUUGAGCGGGUAAGGUUGGCAUUGGCCAAAUUACCAUUUUUACAAUAGGCAUGAUACUUAAAAACAGUAUACAAACUCUAAGGGAAAAAAUAGCGUAAGGAAGUUUCCACAAGUUUAUUUAUUAAAAAGAGAAAGAAAAACUAGCCGGGCUUGUCUGCUUUUGUGACCUGAAGGAUAGUAGAUGCCCAAAGAUGUUAGGAACUUGAAAACAGGUCAGCAUGAUAGCUGUUCUAUCAAAAAGGCAGCACUGAGGAACUCCACUUCGAGGCCCAGUAUCUACCUGUAACAUAUUGCUCCCUUGAGCUAAAUUGCUGUAAAUGUGCAGACUGCUCAGGCUUACUGCUAGCAAGGUUCUCAGUAAAUGUACUUGAGACAGCAAGUUUCCUUGCUUCAAUUUGUUUUCUUCACAAGCUAAAUAACAAGCACACUCAAGAAAGGUGUAAUCUAACUGUUAUCAGUUUUGACAGCACCUUCUUAGUAACUGUCAGGUGGAAGGGUUGGAAAUUAGCUAUGUGCAGGAGUGUGGAAUUGUUAGCUUUAUGAAAUGUGGGUUGUUUAUGAAUUUACUUUGUGUGCCUUGAUGGGUGAUUAGCAACAGAUUUACAGGGCAGUAGUUACAAAAGUAGGUUGCUUCACUCUAAGCAGUAGCAAAGCAGCAGAGGUGGGAGUGGUUCACAGCCUCUGAUGGUGCCUGAAUUUAAUGAAAUCUUUACGCUGCCUUGAUUUUUUUCAUAUAUGCAUGCUUGAGAAAGUAGUUCGUAACUGCCAUAGUUCAUUAGCAUUUAUACAUUCACUUUGCUUGUUCUGCCAUGGUCAGAUCACUGUAUAUAAAAUGUUGUGCAAGUUAGUUCGUUAGCUUGAGUUAUAAAGCCUUAUAGUGAAUGCUUGCAGUCAUGUUUUCCUGCAACACUUGCUCUGCAUUGAAUAUUGCUACCACUACCACCUAGAAUCUCUGCUUCUGUCUCUGUAGGCUUUCAGGCAAACUACUGUAACUAUAUUCAUUUCUGCACCAGCUCUGAUACUGCUUGUCCUUCCUAAGUUUUCCAAAUGAAGAGUUGUCCCCCCCCAGUUGGAGUGACACUUGCAUCUCUUAGCUACAUGGAAUUUGCCUGUUCCCUAAAGCAGUACUUGAGCUGAUGUGGAAAGCAUAAUGACGCUAUUUCACAGAAAAAGGUGAAAUGUCCCAACCAAUUCUAAUCUUCCGUGAUUACAGGAACAGAAAUGUGAAGGUUAAUAAUUACUGUGAUUUUUUGUUUUACUUUUAAUUAUUGUACUAAAUCACUUGUAAAUGUAAAACCUCUAUUAUGGGUUUAGUAAGCUGUAGUUUAUUAAUAUUCCCUGCUUCCUUUACAAUAAAAAUGUAUUUAAUAA